AUGGAGUACGGCUGUUACCCCGGUCGUGUGAUGCAAGACGGAUUUUGCAAGACAAUCAUUCAAUUCCCAGUCCGCAUGAAAUAUUCACUACAUAUUCUAUGUAAUCUCAGAGUAUCUGCCUUAACAAAUGAUACCAGUUAUGUCUUGUCUAAUGUAAGACAGUCCGUUCGUCAAAUUCUGGUGAGUUCAUACAUUACAAGUGAUAUUCAGGUUGCGGAUAUCUAUUUUCUACCCGAACUACCCAUCAAUAUAGUCCAUAGAGACGGCUUAUUUUUCUAUGAACUACAAGUUUCUUUGAGUUACACGUUGUUGUAUAUCACUCGGUUUAACAGAGAUGUGGUAGAAAGAGAGCUGAUUAAUACGCCUCAGAAUAUCAGGAUGGAUCAUUCAAUCAAUGGCUCGGCCCGAAUUUCCUUCUCUCUAGAAGGUUUCCAAUUUUCGAAUAUCAGUAAAACAUUGUUAUCACAAAACACACUUGAAAGUGAUUAUAAUUUGUUUAGGAAUUACUAUAAAGAUGCUCUUGGGAUGCGCCCUGGAAUGAUUACAAUUGUAGGUGAAUUACUUGUUUGUGAUCACCAGUUCUUCGAACAAACGGAAGUCACAAUGGAUAUCGAUAAUUAUCGUGUAGUAGUCAAGAAGACAGAGGAGGCGUUUUACAUAGGCGAUUUUAUCAUUGAUUAUGAAAACCGAUAUCGCGUGUGCGCAAAGCGUUCCCCACCUUCAUCGCUAUCGCUAUUUCUUGUUGAAUCCCUAAACACCCUAACAACUGUGUUAAAUAUCAUCAGUAGUAUCUUCCUAGUCUUGCUGUUUGUCAUCUACUCGUUAAUACGAGAAUUGCGAACCGUUCCGGGUGUCAACAUCAUGAGUUCCACAUUUUCUCUGUUCUGCAUGCAACUCACAUACACCGUUAGUAACGUCCUACGGAAGGGAAGCCUCCCCUGUAAAAUCACAGGGGUGUUGCUUCACUACUUUUGGCUGUGUUUAUGCAGCUGUUUUUACAUAUGUUGCUUGCAUAUGUUAAAAAGCUUCCGAAAGCUAAAUAUAAUUCAAAUGACACCUAAUGAUAAACAGUUUCUUCGUUAUCUGAUGUUUUCCUAUGGUUUUCCAUCUUUCAUUGUCUUCUCGAAUGUAUUGAUAUCUUGGUGCGUGACUGGUAACGUAGGCUACGGAACAACCCUUUGUUUUGUCGAAGGUCUGAUUCAGAAUAUCACUACUUUUAUUAUUCCCAUCAUCGUGACCUGCGUAGUAAACAUUCUUUUAUUUGUUUUGACCAUUUUUAGCAUCAAUCAGGACAAACACAUCCAGAAAUCUAAGGAGAACAAGUCUGAGCUGGUCAUCUUCUUUAAACUGUUCUUCCUGACCGGCUCGGUCUGGAUCCUCCAAGUCAUUGACAGCUUCCUGCAGCUUUCUUUCUUCUCUUUUGUUGCCGCCAUUCUCACGUCUUCUCAAGGCAUUUUCAUUUUCCUCAGCUUUGCAACAUCUCCGCGGAUUUUUAAAUAUUUUAAAAAGAUGAUAAACCGACCGAUGAACCAUCAUUAA